AUGAAAGGACAUAUCAUGUAUCCGAGGCUUUAUGAAUUGAUUCUCAUGUCCAGUUUUAUCUUUCUCACAGAUGCACUUUCACUAAAAGGAAAAAGGCUGGAUUUUUAUGGAAGAGCUCACACAUAUGUAAGCCUGACCAACACCAUUCCUGGACUCAUUUGAUUCACAGAAUGCAUUGACCUGGUAUUUGUGGAUGACAAAUCAAGUGAUUGUUUGGCCAUCUCCUAUAUUAUUAGUAAUAUAUUAUUAUCAGUAAUAGGAGAAGACAUAAACCUUGGGCUUGCAGGAGAUCACCAGCAGUUAACACUAUACAACUUGUACAAAACCUUUUAUAUCCAUUAUCACUUGAUUCCAUUUCAAUGGCAUACAGUAUGCUUGAUAUGGGAUGGCAUGAAAGGCGAAUUAGAGCUCUUCCUGAAUAAAGAAAGAAUACUGGUAAUGAUGGGUCAACCACAAAACCACACCUAAUGGACUCUGUUUCUAGGACAUUUUCUUAAGAAGAAACAGGUUAAAAGUAUGGUGCCUUGCUUCACUGGCAGCUUGUACUACUUACAACUCUGGGACUACAUCUUGGAAAAUGAGGAAUUUAUGAAGUGCUUGAGUGGAAACAUAGUUAGUUGGGAAUAUGUUUGGCUUGUCAACAAGAAUCCAACUGUUGACACAAGACUGUGCUGCUUUGUUUCUGAAAAUAUGACAAUUCAAGAAACAAGUACAAUUCUUUCACAGCAAAUAGAUUUAACAAUCCCAUCCCAAAUUACUGGACUAAACCCUCAAAAUACUGUAUAUACUUCUACAAUUAUGUCUAAAGGCAUACCUGUAUUUAAAACUGAUUAUAAAACCAUAUCAUAUUCCAAUACAACAUCUCCACCUCUGGAAACAAUGACUGUACCAAAUUUUUUAAAGACAUCCAUUUCUGAGACAGCUACAUUCAUAGCAGACAUUUUGUCUACUUCAGCAACUGUUGCUCUACCCACCAAGAAUACUUCCACAGGCACUACUACCAAUUCCAUGAAAAUAACUAAAUGCCCAUCUUCAGAGAACACAGUGACAACAAAAAGGGCUGGAUACAUUUUUGAGACCUUUUAUCCAACUACAGCUACUAAUUUCUUAUACACAACUGGAUUUACCAAGAAUUCAAUUGUACCCAAAACUUCAGCGAUUGGAUCUCCACUGGCCAUUAGGAAGACAGCAUCUUUAUGCUCAUCUAUUGAGUCAACAUCCAAAUCUACACCAUCAUGGCAUAAACACAUAUCCACAGGUAUUGGAGCACUCCCUAUCUCCACAGAUAGCCAGGAGUUUCUUGCAUCUACAGUUGCUGGAACUGUACCUUGGUCCACCGUGAAACAGACUUCUACUCACUUUGGGACUGCAUCAGCAUUCCCACCUAUGUCUGUGCUCAUCUCCAAAGCUGCUUCAGUAGAUACUGUAUUUCCUAGAAAUCAGAAAGCAUCUACAUUGUCAAUGACUGAUAAAAAUAUAUCAUUUACAGUUCAUUCAAUGACACUUCCAUCUAAGCCUAUUGAGACGACUUCUGAGAUAAGAACAGUUGAAACAGAAUUGACAUCUACAAAUUUCCAGGAUGUCUCUUCACCCAGAAUGGAGGAUACAAUGUCUAUCUCCAUGCCAAAAGAGGCCUCUUCUAUGGCCCUUUCUUUCAGGACAUCCUCUUCAUUAACCAGAGCUCAGAGUGUACAGACAAAUAUUGAUACUGAGACCACACAUACAUCCUUGAUUCCUGGAAUCACACUUGCACCUGCAGCUGAUGAAAGUAUGCUUUCCCCCACAGUUACUGGGUCAGAAUAUGCCAAGAAUACAUCCACAGAUGGUGAAAAUGUGUUUCCUUUUUUCUCCACCAGAUCAGCUUUCACAUCCAGGGCAUCUGAGUCUGGUCCCACAAUAAUAAGUGAUAAAGGUGCCUAUCUAUUUACCAGUGAGAUCAAUUGGACUUCCAGACCAGACCAAACUCUGUUGACGUCAAUAUUCCAUGGGAAUACUUCUAAUACAGAACAUUCAUCCACAACUGCUGAUGUUAAUAUACCUCCAGAAGCAUCCAUAGAAAGUGAGGCUACCACUACAGCUGAUGCUAUUAUUAAUACUGAUACCAUAAUAGACAGAUAUACAACAGCUCCAUCCAACUUGACAUCUCUGUGUUUGGCUAAUUUCUCCAUAGUUUCUAGAACCACAUCUGUAAAGAAACUUCCUGAGUUUAAACUUACCACCUUAUUACUAAGAACCACCCCUAGAUCCACAGUAGCUGGAAAUGAACUUAUUUCAACAUCAAAGGAAACAGUUUUUCCACCAGUAGAUAUAAUAUCUACCCUUGCUGACACUGAACUAGAUUUUUCUACUGAGAGUGCUUCUGAGACUACAGAAACAGAGGUAAAAAAUACAAUUGCAUUUGGAGAGACAACAAUCCCUGUACCGGAGUCUGCAACAACACAAAGAUUCAAUGCUUCUGUGACAAGGAAAGAAACAACUUCCCAUUAUCUUAAGGGAAGAUCAACUAUAGCAGCAACAACAGAGGUUUCUUCAUUUGCAACAAUGCAGGAAGCAACAGAUGAGUCUAUACAAAUGGUGACAGCUUCUGUCAUUGUUUCCCCUUUUCCUGAUUUAGAAAAGUCGACUUCCCCAUUGGAUAAUAAAACUGCAACUACUGAGUUGAAAGGAAGAUGGUUUUCUCCAAAAUCAGUUAAAACCACACCUGAGACUUCCUACAAUGGAUCUACAGAAAUCUUUUAUUCCACCCACACAUACACAGCAGAAUGGACUUCAAAGACUCCACCUGAAGGUAAUCCAACUCCAUAUCUCACUUCUGGGAGCACAAAGGCAUUCCCUGAACCCAGGGCUUCCUCCACAUCUGCAUUCUCAGAUGUCUCACCUCUGUCAUCAGCUAUAAUGACUACAGCAUCAGUGCCACCAAUGGAUCAGACUGCUUCCACAACCAGCGAUAUUGUGACACCUAUAACAAUUUCCUUUCUGACAGAAACUACAGUCUCCUCAUUGAGACCUACAAGUCCUUUGGCAACUAAGGCUGAGACCACUGUUCUGUCCACCUCAGCUGACAGAGUAACUUCAUCCACACCCACUCUUACCUGCUCUAAAUAUCUCCCUGACAAUAUUUCUGUUGUGACCUCCACUCAUAUGAUCUCAACAAUGUCUAUACCAGUAGCAACCCAGUCCACGUCUCGAGUAGAGGAUGCUUCCACCCAUGCUCUCAGCUUCCCGAAUACUUUCAAUGGCAGUGGAGAUGUUGUUAGCUUCAUUACUGCCACCACAGAAAAUUAUGUUAUUGAUGAGACCAGGCCCUCUACCAACAAGCUUACUACCUCAGAUGGUCAGAUUUCUCAAUUUUCCACACGUCUUGCAAACAUACUUGUUCCCACUCUAUCAGUGACUCAUAUUUCUACCUUAACUUCUGACAAAGAGCAGAUUAUCACCUCCCUAGGAAAAACCCUUGGAACUAUGGAGGUGACAGAGAUAUCCCCAUCAAAUAAUCCUUUUAUUUCAGAGUCUCAGAGUUCUUCAUCCUUGGAAAUGACAGAUACAGGAUUUGCUGAGACCACAAAAGUGUCCAGUCAUCAAACACAUUCACCUUCAGAGAUUCCACUUGUAACUCCCCCUGAUGGAAUUUCAGCUUCAUCUCCCACAUCUGGGCAUACACAGACUAUACCUACCACCUGGAUCUCAAGUAACACCGAUGUUCACAUUUCAGAAAUGUCUACCAGUCUUGGGAAAACAGCUUUCCCUUCAAAAGCUCUGACAAUUAUGACAUUUUUGUCUCCUGACAAAGAAAGCAUAAGUGCCCUCUCAAUAUCUACUUGCAGGACUGAGAAAAUGACAGUAAGAACCACCUCUGUGACUCCACCUUUCUCAUAUCACCAGAACACUUCAUUUGUAGAUGCCAUAUCUUCCAGGACAACCAGAAUAUCAAAUCCUAUAAACAUCAACACAACUCUUUCACACUUGCUUUCACCCCAGACUCAACCUAAGGGGACAUCAGUUGCCUCUUCCAUUUCUGAAAGCACACAGACCUCCCCAGAGUCCCUGUCUUUUUCCAUAACUGGACUGUCUAGUGCCAAUUUUACAAUUAUUUCUACUGACAGGGUCACUACAGCCCUUUCUGCUCCAAGUGUAACUACCACACUUCUUGGGAAAACAUCUAUGGCAACGUCCAUUCCUAUCUACCAGAUGUCUUCACUGCCAGUUACUGCCUUCACCUCCAAAAGAGUUUCUGACACUCCUACAAUGCUAAUGACCAAAUAUUCUAAAAUAACACAUGCAGAUUGUUUGAAAAGACACUCUAUAGCUACUUCUGGACGUGGGUCUGAGAUGUCCUCAAUGUCAGUUCAUGACUCUGCUUUUUCACCUCCAACUGUUUCUCCUGACAAUUCCACAACAGUUGGAUCAUUCUCUACUUUAUCGUCUUCAAUUACCCCUAGGACUACUAUAACCAUACAAACAUCUACAUUAGAUGUCACACCUGUGACAUAUGCUGGUUCUCCUUCAAAAAUCACAAUGGUUUCUUCUGCUUUUACUACUUCAGAAAUGACAGAGAUGUCCUCCCAGAUCACACCUACAUCCUUUUCCUCUCCAACAGAGACAACUUAUCCCUCCGUGAAAACCAUUCCAACCACUAUUAUGGCUGGGGUGAUGACUCCAUUUGUAGGCACCACUGACUCCUUUCUACUCAGUUCUGAGAACACUGAAGCUAUGUCUUCCAUUCCAAAGACCACAUUUUCACCAUUUUUAUCAACAUCCCCACAGUCAUUCCAAGGAGACAAGGCUACAACUCUGGGCAUAUUAACUGGAAUUACUAACACCUCCCUAUCUACUGUAAGCAGUGGUAGAGUAACAAUUUUCACAAAUACUUAUUCUAGAACUGCUGCUCCUAAAAGUGUGAUUUCAUCUAUUCCUUCAGAUAGUCUCCCUACUCCCGUGAAUAUUCAGGUUUCCCAAUAUUUGACUACCUUUAAGAGCACUCCUAGACCCACACAAAGUAUAAAAGCCACCACUUUCUUUUCUUCAAAAACAAAAAAAAUGACUUCCUUGUCUGAAAAUACUUCAAGCACUGAACUAACAAAAGGUGCCACAUCUGUAAAUACCCCUGUUUCAUACCAUCCAUGGACUCCAUCCAGUGCAACUCUGCUCCCUUUUAAAACAUUUCUUUUUUCACCUCAUAGUACUAAAGCUGAAUUCUCUACUCCAAAGACUUAUCUUCCUCCUACAUCCCACAUGGUUGAAUUUCCAGUUCUGGUAACAAGAACCACAUCUAGUAACACCCAGCCUCUGCUUAUGACUUCCUGGAACAUACCCAUAGCUAAAGAUUCUCAAUUUCCAAUUUUUACCACUACUCAUGUGCCUACACCCAAGAAGAUGGAAACAGAGACUCCAUACCUUGUUCCUGGGUCUUUAUCAACAUUCACGGCCUCUAAGACUGGUCUUGUAUCUGGAAAUGUUAUGGCAAUAUCAUCAAUUUCUACAUCAGGAAUUCUUCCUACCUUGGGGAUGUCUGAGAGCCCUUCAUUAUCAAUAUCUUCAAGAACUAUUCCUACCACUUUGGUUGACAUUAAGCAGACAUUUGGUAAGACUAACAUAUCUGUGACUCCUGUGGCCACACUCCCAUCAAAUCCUUCUUGUGCUACUUCGGGAUCUAUAAUUUCAAAAAAUACUACUUCACCCAUGCUGACAUGGGUCUUAUCUAGUCUCCCUUCAGGUUCUCCUCUGGCAACCAUAUCUAAUACUCCAGUUAUAACUUCCUCUGCAGUAGAGGUGCAGCCCACACUGGACUCCCUUCCAAAUAUAAGCACUACUACAUCCACAACUACUGAAGCCUCAUUUUCUCUCACAUCUACUGGAGUAACAUAUCCUCUUACAGCAACUGUGUUUUCACUACUUUCUUCCUCUCUUGAGACAACCAGGCUGGACUCUACACCUUCCUUUCUAUCUACAGAAACAUUGACUUCUCCUAUUGCCAUUUAGUACACAGUUUCCUUUUAUAAUGUUGGAAUGAGCUUCUCUGUCUUUGAUGAAGAGCCAGCGAUCCCUAUUACCAGUGUUGUAAAUGAAUUAGCAGAAAAUUGGUUGAAUUCUAUAUUUCAGGACAGUGAAUUUGCUCUUGCUAAUCUGGCUAUUCAAAUUAAAAGCAGAGACACUUCUAAGGAAGAAAAAACCAUGGACCAAACUUUGCGAGUAUGCACUUUUCUUUUGCUUUAUUUGGAACAGAGAGAAGGGCAAGAGAUGGCUACAAUUCCCCAUGCGUUAUACAGCUGUGUCUGUCAGGUCAUCAUAAAGGCCAACUCUUCUUUAGCACCCACUGAAUUGAUUAGCAGGAUUAAAAGUAAAAUACAUGGCAACCUCAUGCAUGGAAACUUCACACAAGAUCAAUUGACGUUAUUAGUAAAGUCUGAACAUGUUGCAGUGAAAAAACUAGAGCCAGGAAAGUGCAAAGCCGAAGAGACAACCUCUAAAUACAAAGGGACAUAUAAGUGGCUCUUAACCGACCCUACUGAUACAGCCCAAACUAGAUGCAUAAAAAAUAAGGCUGGAAACGCUACUAGAAUCUGCUCAAUCAGUAUGGAUACUGGCAAAUCUCAGUGGGAAAAACCAAAGUUUAAACAAUGCCAAUUGCUGCAAGACCUUCCUGAUAAGAUUGUGGAUCUUGCUAAUAUUACUAUCAGUGAUGAGAAUGCAGAUGAUGUUGCUAAGCACAUUUUAAAUUUGAUCAAUGAGUCCCCUUCUCUGGAUGAGGAAGAAACAACGAUUAUUGUUUCUAAAUUAUCUGAUAUUUCACAAUGUGAUGAGAUAAGUAUGAAACUAACCAAGAUUAUAUUACAAAUAAUCGAUGCUGUUUUGGGAAAGCAAAACAAUUCAGUAUCUGAUCUACAUGAAGUAAGCAAUGAAAUUCUGAGGAUAAUCAACCAUGCCGGUCACAAGAUGGAGUUUUUGGGGAGGACAGCAAAUCUGACAGUGGCCAGCCUGGCUUUGGCUGUCCUGCACGUGGACCACACAUUUGAAGGCAUGAUCUUCAGCAUUCGCUCCUAUGAAGAUGGUAGAGACCCUGAGAUUUACCUAAGUGAAGUCCCUCUGGAGAGGGUUUUGGCUUCCAUAUAUUUGCCUAAAUCACUGAAGGAGAGAAUUCCUCUUAGCAACUUACAGACCAUCUUAUUUAAUUUCUUUGGCCAAACUUCACUUUUUAAGAUCAAAAACGUCACUAAUACAUUAACCACAUACGUUGUGAGUGCCAGCAUUUCAGAUAUAUCCAUUCAAAACUUGGCUGACCCAGUAGUUAUUACUCUGCAGCAUAUUGAAGGAAACCAGAAUUAUGAUCAAGUUCAUUGUGCCUUUUGGGACUUUGUGAAGAACAAUGGGCUAGGUGGAUGGAAUUCAUCAGGCUGUAAAGUAAAGGAAACAAAUAUAAAUUACACAAUCUGUCAUUGUGACCACCUCACCCAUUUUGGAGUCUUAAUGGAUUUAUCAAGGUCUGCAGUGGAUGCAGUGAAUGAGCAGAUAUUAGUACUUAUAACAUACACUGGAUGUGGAAUCUCCUCCAUUUUCCUAGGAGUUGCAAUGGUGACAUACAUAGCUUUUCACAAACUUCGAAAAGACCAUCCUUCCAAAAUCCUGAUCAAUUUGUGUGCCGCACUACUGAUGCUAAACCUGGUUUUUCUGUUCAAUUCUUGGUCGUCAUCAUUUCAGACAGAGGGACUUUGUAUCACAGCAGCAGUGGCACUUCAUUACUUCCUGCUCGUUUCUUUGACAUGGAUGGGCCUGGAGGCAGUGCACAUGUAUUUUGCUCUAGUUAAAGUCUUCAACAUAUACAUUCCCAAUUAUAUUCUUAAAUUUUGCCUAGUUGGUUGGGGGAUCCCAGCAAUCAUGGUGGCAAUCAUACUGAGUGUGAAGAAAGAUCUGUAUGGAACUCUGAGCACCACAUCUCCAUUUUGUUGGAUUAAAGACAAUUCUCUAUUUUACAUCUCAGUUGUGGCUUAUUUUUGCCUCAUAUUUCUCAUUAAUUUCUCCAUGUUCUGCACUGUUCUUGCUCAACUGAAUUCCAUAAAAUCCCAAAGCCAGAAGACUCGGCAGAAGAUGAUCCUAUAUGACCUCAAAAGCACAACAAGCCUAACAUUCUUACUUGGCCUCACCUGGGGGUUUGCCUUUUUUGCCUGGGGACCUGUGAGGAUCCUUUUCUUGUAUCUUUUUGCCAUUUUUAAUACUUUACAAGGAUUCCUCAUUUUUGUGUUCCACUGUGUGAUGAAGGAGAGUGUGCGGGAGCAGUGGCGGACUCACCUCUGUUGCAGGCGGUUGCAAUUGGAUAACUUUUCUGAUGGGAGCAGCAGAUAUGAGCUAAAUGUUGGGUAUAAACAGGAAAGAUUGAAGAAAACCUUCAAGCACAAAUUGUUGACACCAUCCCUCAAGUCAACAACAAGUAGUUCUACUUUCAAAUCUUUAGGCUCUUCACAAGGCACUCCUUCAGGAAUAAGCUUCCCAAGUGAUAACUACUAUGAAGAUUCCUACUGUUGCUCUCCCUUGAGUUGUGAUGUUGUGCCUAAUUGUAUCCACAAAAUGGCUGGCAAUUGUGUGAAGACAGACCCAAAUGACUAUGGAGAAGAGACCCUAGAACCUUUGGGCUGCUUUCAAUGA